AUCGGGAAAAUGUAUGAGAGAGAAGUUGAUGAUGAUGAUGAUUCAUGUAUAAUGUAACUAAGUUGAUGGCCUAACGUGUCUACGUGCUCUGUGAAAUGUGGGGUUUCUGCAGAAAAUCUUUCAAAAGAUCAAGAAUCAAGAUCAAGAUCAAACCCUUUUGAUUUCUCAAUCUCUUUUCAUCAUCUUUAUAUAAAACAAGACAAUCUGAUUCAACAAAGAAAGGCCUGACUAGGGUUAUCAUCAUCAUCAUCAGAAGAAGAAGAAGAUGAAGCAAUCGAAGCUUGAAGCGUUAAUGGCAGUCAGCAGACUGAAAUUAUUUCGAGUAGCGAUGAUACUCUUGUUUCUCUAUCUCCUUCUUAUGAGUUUAGAAAUCCCUCUCAUUCUCAAAGACACCUUAGACGAAGAAGACGCGCCUGGUUCUUCUCUCGACCGUCAUCCCAUCACCAUCGACGAAGUGGUCGGAGAUUUCGCCAAAAUAGACAAAGCUUCGACAAGUUUCCCGCAGGUAUAUACCAAAGAGUACAAGAAAGUGUCCGGUCUUGUGUUCGACGAAAUGCCAUUUGCUAACGGAAGCAGGGAUGAGUUCUCCGAGCUUCAUAAAGUCGCCGCGCUCGCGUUUUCAGUUGGAAAAAACUUAUGGAAGGAACUUGACUCAGGGAAAAUCCUUGUUGAAUUAGAUAACAAGGCUGAGAAUUUGUCUGAAUCUUGUAUUCAUUCAAUCAUGAAACCAGGUCAGGAAUUUCGUAGAAAUGGUCGAACAAUGGUGAUCCCUUGUGGGUUAACAUUAGGAUCUCAGAUUACAGUUAUUGGAAAACCUUAUUGGUCUCAUCCAGAAUACGAACCUAAGAUAGCAUUGUUAAGAGAAGGAGAGACUAGUGUAAUGGUCUCUCAAUUCACUGUUGAGUUGCAGGGAUUAAAGACUGUUGAUGGUGAAGACCCACCAAGGAUUCUUCAUCUCAAUCCAAGAUUGAAAGGUGAUUUUAGUGGCCGACCUGUAAUUGAGCAGAACACUUGCUACAGAAUGCAGUGGGGAUCUGCAUUGAGAUGCGAAGGUUGGAAGUCUGAUGCUGGUGAAGAAACAGUGGAUGGGCAGGUGAAGUGUGAAAAGUGGAUUCACGACGAUGAUAAUCACUCUCAGGAAUCAAAAUCUACGUGGUGGCUUAACAGAUUGAUUGGUCGGAAGACAAAACUAACUGUCGAAUGGCCAUUCCCAUUUGUAGAAGACAAGUUAUUUGUCCUCACUUUAAGAGCAGGCUUAGAAGGUUUCCAUAUUAGCGUUGAUGGGAGACAUGUUACUUCUUUUCCUUAUCGAACUGGAUUCUCUCUUGAAGAUGCAACAGGACUAUUUAUAAAAGGGGAUGUUUAUAUUCAUUCUAUUUUUGCUGCAUCAUUACCCACUUCACAUCCAAGUUUUGCGCCUCAAAGGCAUCUAGAAAUGUCGACUAAAUGGAAAGCACCUAACCUUCCUGAUAAGCCUGUUCAUCUUUUUAUCGGUAUCCUUUCAGCUGGCAACCAUUUUGCUGAAAGGAUGGCUUUGAGGAAAUCUUGGAUGCAACAUCAAUUGAUUACGUCGCUAAAUGUCGUGGCUCGUUUCUUCGUAGCAUUGCAUGGAAGGAAUGAAGUGAAUGUGGAACUAAUGAAAGAAGCCGAGUUCUUUAGAGACAUUGUGAUUGUGCCCUACAUGGAUAAUUAUGACCUUGUUGUACUGAAGACUGUCGCUAUCUGUGAAUUUGGGAUUCACGAACUUGCUGCAAAUUACAUUAUGAAGUGUGACGAUGACACAUUUGUUAGAAUAGAUGUUGUGAUGAAGGAAGUUAAGAAAAUCCGCCAAGAUAAGAGCUUAUAUAUGGGAAACAUUAAUUACUACCAUAGACCUUUACGCCAUGGUAAAUGGGCAGUUACAUAUGAGGAAUGGCCAGAGGAAGAAUACCCCCCUUAUGCAAAUGGGCCAGGUUAUGUGGUGUCUUCGGACAUUGCUAAGUAUAUUGUAUCAAAUUUCGAGAAACAUAACCUAAGAUUGUUCAAGAUGGAAGAUGUUAGCAUGGGAAUGUGGGUUGAGAAUUUCAACAAAUCAAUGACGGCGACAGUUGAGUAUGUACAUAGUGUGAAAUUCUGCCAGUUUGGGUGCAUUGAAGAUUAUUUUACUGCACAUUAUCAAUCACCAAAACAAAUGAUCUGUUUAUGGGAUAGAUUGCAAUUACAGAGAAAACCGACAUGCUGCAACAUGAGAUGAUGAUGAUAGAUUGAUUAGUUUCCUUAAAUCUUUCUUCUUCUUUUUUCUCUUACUCAAAAUGUAUUAGAUUAUCAGCAAAGGAAUUAAAUUAGCUGGCGAAAUUUUAACAUCAUUCAACAUAAUGAUUAAGAGGUAGUUUGAUUUCUCUCGAGUGUUCUAUUGUUCGUGAGAUUGUUACUACAUGUAGAGUCGCUAGCUGGUGUUUGAAAAACAAGCAAUCAGGUUGAGUAAGGUAAAUAUUGUUUGGAUAGUCAAAAUCAUUGUCAAACGAAUUGAAUGAUGACUUACAUAUAGUGGGUAUGUUCCUCGAAAGACUUUACUGUUUUUGCUAUAUGUUCCUCGAAAAGACUUCCAUAAGCUUAAAGAACUCGAAUGUAUGAUGGAUGGAUCGAUCACUUGAAACAAUGAAUUAUGUGAUAUAGAAGUGAAAGUUUGUCAAAUAAGUUAGAUUGUGACGGGCUUUCCAUUCCAUGUUAAUCUUUCUUGUGAUGAGAUUUGUAAC